CCAAAUUCGAAACCCAGAAGAAAGCGCGAAAAAGAGCCUCUGCCUCAGUCUCUGUCUCCGUGUGCGAGUUUGAAUGCUUAAAGGUGGAGUAUUGUGUCGUCUCGAACUGUCUCUCUCUCUCUCUCUCUCUCUGUGGCAUUGAGCUCUGCGGAAAAGGUGGAGUACAAAAUGUUGGCUGUAUUCUACAAAUUGUUCCUAGUACCAAGGAUUGAUGGCUUAAGUCUAGCUUUCUCUGAUAUUUUGACCCGUCUACCAUUGAAGUUUUGAAAGCACAAUCUAUGCAUCUUUAGAGCUUUGGCCUCGAUUUACAUAUCAAGAUGAAGACACUGCAGCAACUGAAAGCACGAGGACCCACUAGGGUGAAUGUGCAACAGGUGAUUUUUGAGCUAAAACAUAAAGUGGUUCUUGCACUAAACAAGCUUGCAGAUAGAGAUACCUACCAGAUAGGGGUUGAAGAGCUUGAGAAAACUGCUGAAUGUUUAACCCCAGAUAGAAUUGCACCAUUUCUGUCAUGUAUAUUGGAUACUGAUUCGGAGCAAAAGAGUGCAGUGAGAAAGGAAUGUAUUCGACUGAUGGGUACAUUAGCAAGAGUUCAUGAAGGUCUUGUUGGGCCGCAUCUUGGUAAGAUGGUUGCUAGCAUUGUUAAGCGGCUCAAGGACCCAGACUCAGUUGUGAGGGAUGCAUGUGUGGAAACAGUAGGUGUAUUGGCUUCGAAAUUGAGCAAUCGUGGGGGUGAGACUGAUGGUGUCUUUGUUGUGUUAGUGAAACCGCUUUUUGAAGCUUUGGGUGAACAGAACAGGCAGGUUCAAUCAGGUUCGGCAUUGUGUCUGGCGAGGAUCGUUGAUAACACGCAUGAUCCGCCCAUCUCACUUUUGCAGAAGAUGUUGACUCGGACCACAAAAUUUCUAAAGAAUCCACAUUUUAUGGCUAAACCAGCGGUGAUUGAGUUGAAUAGAAGUAUUAUUCAGGUUGGUGGUGCUCCCACACAAAAUAUUCUAUUAGGUGCAAUGUCUGGCAUCCAAGAAGCUCUUAAAAACAGUGACUGGACGACACGUAAAGCUGCGUCUGUAGCAUUAGGGGACAUUGCUGCAACUGGUGGAUCCUUCUUGGGAUCCUUUAGGUCUUCCUCCAUCCGCUCUCUUGAAUCUUGUCGUUUUGAUAAGGUUAAACCUGUUAGGGAUGCAGUUCUGCAGGCCCUGCAGUACUGGAGAGGUCUUCCAGGGCCAGAUACUCCUGAACCCUCGGAGGCUGGAUCUUCCAUAAAAGGUUUCAAUUAUCUGAGUGAACUUGACCUUUAUUCGGUUGGUCAGGCAAGUCUUGUUCGUGUAUUUUCUAGUCAAUCCGUUGACAGAAGUGGAGACCUUUCAUUUUAUGCUCUUGCUGGACUCCAUCACACUGAAUCUUUCAUUUGUUCAACCAAACAAGUUCUUGGAAUUAUGAUGUGGGCAUGUGUUUACAUUCUCUCCUUGCUUCCUUUGACACCAUAUCUUCAUCAUAUAAUUUUUACAGAAAAUUUCUAUGGAGGUGACUACAGUGAUAUUACCAGCACCUGUGAAUCUGGAUGGAAGGAUGUCAACCUCAAGAAAACUGGUAGAAGCUCAAAUAAGGGCAUGAUUCCUUUGUCUAGCAGAAAAGCAAGUCAAAAUUAUGUGGAAACUAAACUUCCUAAAGGAGAUGAUUGGCAUAUUGAAAUUGCAGUUCCAAAAGUCCAUAAUGCUUCUUUAGCAGAAUCUCAUAUCGAAGAAUCAGAGGGUAGUUCUGUUACCAAGACAUUAGAAAGAAUGAGCACUGAUGUUACAAACCCACAGGAUAUUGGGUAUGAAUAUGUGCCAAUGGAUGACAAACAAGAGUGUUCUUCUGUGAGUAAUCUUACUACCGAUAACUUUGAGACCAAGUUUGUGACAGUUUCUCAUGAUUGUCUUGAGGAGGGUAGCUCAGUAAAGCCAAUUCGAAGAACCCAGCGGUUUGCAGCUGAAGAAAUUAUUGACGAACCGAUGUAUUCAUCAAAGAUGCAAGAUCGUAGAAGUCUCGAUUCUACUGUUACAGAGUCUUGUUCUCAAACUGCCCAUGGAUGUUGCUCACAAAUGGCAAAUGAAAUGGUUUGCAUUCGAAAACAGCUUUUGGAGAUUGAAAACAAACAGUCAAACCUAAUGGAUCUCUUACAGGUGUUUACAACUGGCAUAAUGGAUAGCUUGACCUCAAUUCAAUCAAGGGUGGUAGGUUUAGAACAUGUCGUAGAUAGACUUGCACAGGAUCUUGUGCAUGGAGGGAAAUAUUCUGAUUUAGCAAGCUCCAAACUUGUGAAGCAGAGUCAAAGUGUGCAUUUUCCCCGAAUCUCUACUUGCACUCCACGGCCAUCUGUUGAUAUUCACAAUAGACAGCCUUCAUUGUUGUCUGCAAAGAGUAAUGAUGUUCGGGAGGUAAGUGCAGUUGCUAGGUUCAGGUCGAAGGAUAUGUGGACAAAUACUAAGGUAAAGAUUGAUGGAAAUCCUAGAGGGAAAGACAUGCAGAAAUGUUCAGGUCAGGGAAUGCAAAAUGUUGGGUGUGGUCAAAUAAAAAAUGCUAAUGCUAUUUUUGCCUCAGGCUCUAGCGCAAAUGUCAGGCAAAAUGGUUUUGAAAGUCAGAAUAACCUUUGGAAAUGCGUGCAAGGUUUCCUAUGUGAAGGGGAUCUAGACUCUGCAUAUAUGGAAGCUCUCUGUUCCCGUGAUGAACUUGUAAUGGUUGAGCUACUUGAUAGAACUGGUCCUGUUCUGGAAAGUCUGUCACCCAAGACUGUGAGUGAUGUUCUCAGAACUUUGGCAUCGUAUCUCCUGGAACAAAGAUGCAUGAACUCCAUUGUCCCUUGGUUGCAGCAGGUUGUGGACUUGAGCAUUAUUCAUGGACCGAAUUAUCUUGUUCUUUCUACAAAAGCAAGGCGAGAAUUCUUGUCUGCGAUUCAGGAGGCUAUGAACAUGGAAUUUUCUAAUCCCGUGGAGAGAAGAACUGUAACUCAACUUGCAAUGAAAUUGCACCAUAUAUGGGGAAAAUGCUCGUGAUUGUUACAUUGUCAAAAGCAUUGUUACAAUGUUGGAGGAUAUGCACAGAUUCUGAGUAGGAAAUCAUUGUCUAUGUGCUGCAAAAGUAGUGAAUUUUGUAGAAUUGUGGCGAAGGAAUGUAGUGUGGUUGUCCCAAUCAUGGUUCAAAUGACUACUUUUCUGUAGACCAUUGUGUGCAAUGCCAUCAUUCUGUAAUGACAAAUCAUUUGUUAUCAGUUA